UCAAGUGAGGAAAGUAAGAAUCUUAAAAAAAAUCUAGAAAAAUAAUAAGAAAGAAUAAUAAAAAAGAUCAAUCGAAAAAAAAAACAGCUGAGAAUACCAACGAGGAGGGAAUUGAGGAACUACUACCUUCAUCCGACGAGAAGGUCUCCGAUACCUCUGAAACCCCAGAGCCAGAAGGCCAGCAAAUGGCACCCUUGACUCGGAGCCACUCGGACGACUCAAUGCAGAACAAGCGCCAUGCUCCUGACCGCGGUGAUAUGGUCAAAAAUAAUUCCACCGAUGAGAAAAAAUCAGAUGAGGCCAAAGAGUCUAGUCCUUCAAAUACAAGUGAUGCAGAGGAUAAAACUGAAGAUGAGUCCUCCUCCAAGGCUCCUCCUCCAACCAGUGAUCAAGAUCAGGAUGAUGUAUCGGAUGAUGAAUGGGCUGAUCAGUUCGAUAAUCAGUCGCAUGAUGUGUCGGAUGAUGAUGAAUCCGAUGAUGAUGAUGAGUCUUAUGAUGAUGAAGAAGAUGAGGCUGACUACGGAGUCUACCUUUUUAUCUACCCAGACUCUGAUAUUGAGGAUGAUUAAGGUUUCUUUAUUCAUACUAAUUCUGCACAUAAUGUUACACAUUGUAAUUACUUUUUAAACACUAAAACCUCGAGCCUUAACCCGAGACUUGAAUUCCCUUGAGAGAAGUACAUGCCUCAGCCACAUAGCAAGGGAAUUUAAGACACAACACUGGCCACAUUUGAAUUGUAAUGACAAU